GUAGUCAAACAAAUUUAAUGUAAUCAUUAAUCAUUAAACUGACUGAAAUGAUGGUGGACUAAAUAGUUGUGGUUAUUCACUAAGCUGAGCAGAGUAAGAUAAAUACCUCCAUGUUUGACUUUAGUGAAUGGUGGUUUUGUCACUUGUUAAUCAAAAAUAAUUUUAAAGUGGAUAGUGUACAAGUGGUCUAGAUAUUGCAUGAAACUACUUCGCCCAGAAGUGAACAACCAAAUGCUUUUACAUGUACCUCCAAGCAAGCUGUACACAAUUUAAUUAAUUUAGAAUAAAAGUUAAGUGUACACUUUUAAAGAGUGCUCUCUCACAAAAAGUUCAAAAUAUUUCUUGACUCAAAAUUUGAGCUUGAUCCUCAAUUAUUGAGAUUUGAUUCUCAAGACAUGAGACUUCAUCCUCAAAAGUGUCGAAAAUCAAGUCUCGAGAAUCGAGACUCAAGUGACGGUCAACUUACUUUUGAUUGGUACUGUAGCUGUUCUUUGUGGUUUGUACAUAUGUACUACAGCUGAAGAUUGUGUGAACGAAAGGGAAAUAACACUGAUUAAAGUAGUUGAUUCAGUAUACACAGACUGAGUUAUUCCAUUUCAUUGCUUGUUUAGGGAAUGAUCUGACUGGAGAAUGGUAUUCCAGCUCCACCAGUGAUGAGUCAUUCAUGAACAAUCUUAAACUUCAAAAAGUAGAUCAAGAAUCUGGGGGUGAGCGUAAUGACAAAGCAGAUGACGCGCCCUCUGUGAACACAGUUCUGCAUCACAUUUUAAGAAUCACGUCUGAUAAGAAACUUUCGUCUGAGCCUAUGCAAGAUGAAAAACCAGCCACAGACUCCAAACCUUUGACCCCCAAUGGCGAUGUCCUUGAUGCAGAGAGCAUCUGUGAACAAGUUAAAGUUGAGCUUGUUAAGUACAAUGUAUCCCAAGAGGUGUUUGCCAAAGCUGUGCUUGGAAAAUCCCAAGGGUAUCUCUCUGAAAUGCUCAAACAUGGCGAAAGUUUUUUCCGUCCACAUGAUAAUACUCAUUACAAGGGAUGGUUGAAUUUUGAGACCAUGCGGCGGUUUCUUCUCAAGCCAGAAGAGGAACGGCUGAUGAUUUAUCAGAGCAAAGGAGAGGAGCUAAAGAUGGAGAGACUGAAACGACGGCAGAUUGAAAUUGUAAGUUGUAUUUUGAUUAUCAGUAAAAAAUGUUUAAAAGUACAUGUAGGGCUUGAGGCAGGAAUGACUGUGCUGAUUUGGUUUUAUUCCCACAUUUUGUUUACUUUUUCAAAAACAGGUACAUGUACAUUGUAAUGAUCAUUCCAGUUAUGGCAGGAUGCAUAACAGAAUUGGUAGGGGUGGAUCUAGGAGAAGUGUGCAGGGGGUGCACACACCCACUGAGAUGACCUGCUGCUUUCUAAUACAGUUCCACAAAAUCUGCAAUAUUGUUUGAUAUGUAUUCUCAGCAGUUCACUUAAUAUUAUUGCCUAGUCAAAAGCCUUCUUCAUUGUAUUCGCAUUUAAAAUUGGUUUACGUCACCAGUCAGUUAAGCCAUUCCUUAGUGUGGUGCACCCCCUCCUAAUAAAAAUUGUGGAUCUGCCCCUGAUUCAGUUACUUUUUGGUUGGGUCCCCCUCACAACUUUCAACCCCUCUAGAGUGGUUGAAAGUUGUGAGGAGUGUCUUGUAAAGUUGCAUUGUUGGUAACAUUAUAGUUACUUGACUUUAUAACACUAUGGGAAAGAUAUUGAUCAAUGUCUGUUGCUCUCUUUUGCUAUACAGCUUUACAUGUACCUCACUUUGUGAUCACACGAUCUUUCUUCCUUAAAAGCUACUGUACAGUAUUUUCAAUUUUAACCCCUUUUCUGCAUAAAAAGAAAGUAGUGUCCGAUAGCCCUGGUCUAGUGGAUUUUGCUAUAGGGCAACUGAAUCCUGUUUUUUUAGUGAAAUUUAUGUGGAAUUUAAAUUACAGGACAACUGUAAUCAGUUAUCAAAAUUUUUUUUAGGCUAGCUGAAAUGACUUUUGGACUGGUACAAUGUACAGUGCUAGCUACACUGUAUAGUUUGCCUUAAUGGCAAGCUGUAAAACUAACUUUCCUCGCACCUUUCUUUUAUGUCUAGCACUGUGUAUUUAUUGUAUUCAUGUAUAUUGUUUGCUGUAGAAAUAUGCAUUUUAGAGUUCAGUCUGGGGUGCCCUCUGUUCAAUUCCUGCAUUUUUUUGUCUAAUGACUUACAGUACAAAAAUUCAUUCUGGCAAAUCAAAUUGUCUCCACAACCUGUUGCAUGCCCCUUACCAAUAAACGGAAUUUUAUGACAGCAGAGGUUUGUUAUUUCAGUUAAGCAGCAAGCAAAAAUGUAUGUCAGUCCAAGCUCCAGAAGUGCAAUGUGGGGCAGUUGGUUGUUGCGCAGCCUUUUUUGCGCAAGGUUUUGAGUUUGCUCCUUGGUGACAUCACAUCCUUGUUUCAACUUCUCACCUUUCUGUGUAGCUUUGACUUGCUUUAAACACCCUUAAAACAGAUCAUUGAUAGAGAAGUGGGGAGGGGGGGGGGGGGGGGGAAAAAAUGAGCACGCUGUCGACCUCAAGUUUACCAGUUAUUACUGUCACAAAUUAUGGACGUAAAAUAAUGGUUGCUUUACCUUUUACUACUUUAUAUGUCUUUCUUCAUUUUUUAUGAAUUUUGAAAUAAUGACACCUUUUAUUCAGCAAAUUCUUUCAAGUAGUGGGAUAUACAUUCUUCUUGUGGAGAGUUUCUAGAAGAUUUAAUUUGUUCAAAACGUAAACACAAAAGUGACUACUGAUACAUUGACCUUGUACAACUCAACUACUGGUACUGUCUUGUUUGACUUCAUUUUAUUAAUGUUUUUAAGGGUUUAACUGAAGAUCCUUCAAAGAAGAAAAGACGCCUUAUCCCUAUGGAGGCAAAAGCUGUGAUGGAAGAUUAUUAUCACCGCAACAAAUACCUUUCCACUAAUAACCGUCAGUGCUUAGCUAAUCAGCUGGCUAUCCCAGAACAAUGCAUUAGCGACUACUUUAAGAAUCUAAGGUCUAGGAAGAAACAUGAGGAACGCAUGAAGAAUUUGCUGCAAGACCUUGAAAAUGGCCACAAACAACUCGACCAAGUUGAUUCUGACACUGCCGAGGGUAGUCUUGAAGAUGAAAUGGAUGAUCAGCUUCCAUCGUGCUCUCAGAAUCUUUCAGCUGUGGCGAUAAGAGAAGAACCUCCACCUCAAGCCCGGCCUCCAAGUCAAAUAAAACAUUCUGGAAGAAGGUAUAAUGUUGCCCCUUUUCAAGAACCACCAGCUAAGAAUGUGUCUGAGACAGAUUUAGUGGCAUCAAAAAUUGCAGCUCUUACGCAAAGUCAAAAGUCUCCACACAAAGAUCCAGGAACUCUGCAGGUGUUGGCUAGAAGAGAUUCCAAUGCUCAUCAGCGAGUGACUGCACUUGAUCAUUUCCCUAGUCGCGAAGAUUCCGGACGUGAAGCUUGUAACUGUUUCCCAUCUCAGCCGUCUUCCUCUGGUGCUGACGCAGAAGAGAGGUUCUCGCUGGACAGCUUGUUUAAUGGGUCCAUGAUGGAGCCUCAAGGUGGGACCCCAGAGAGAGAAACUCUGGAGGUUGGACAGCAGAUUUAUGUAGUGCAUUUAAACAACCAUGUACAAGCAAGUAUCCAGAACUAAAGCUGUAAUAUUCUUAAGUUCAAGCUUUGUCUCUUAUUAGUGAAAUUAUGCAAAGGGAUGGCAGAGGGAAGAAGGUGGCAAACAUUGUGUGACAAGCAUGAUAAUAAUUUGUUUGAAAACAAUUUCUGCCUAUACUAACUUCACCUUGUUUUUUAAAGAUCUUUUUGUGAAAGAUUAGAAGAGUUAAAUUAAUUGAACAUCACGACAAACAUGUAAGUAAUAUGCCAGUCACGUUUGUCGCACAUAAGCAUGUUGCUGUCCUCUUCUUUGUACCAUCCUUUGAGCUCACUAUUACGAGGUUCAAGACUGGAAAACACAAGAUGCAAGUGUAAAUAUUUGUAAAGUAAAAUAAUGGUUGAAGGAAAUUUACUUCAAAAGACUAAUGUUAUGAUAAGAAAAAAAAUCUGACCAUACUAAUGAAUUUAGUCCACAGAUUAGAAACUCAGGUACAUCUUAUAUAGCACAGUGAGUACAAAUGUGAAUAAUAUUGAAAAAACGAACAAACAAACUAAAAAGAAGUACCACAAAUAAACAAUCUUUUAUGAUCAGUACUGUAAAGUUUUUAAAGUACAUGUAACAACUGCUAAAAAAUAUACCUUAGAAAAUAAAGUUAAGAAAUGAUGUAAACAAAUAGAUCCUGAAAGUAGCUAACUUCAAAAAUAACAAGUUCAGUCAAACUCCCCUUUAUGGACACCCACUUAAUAUGGACAUCUCAUUUAUUUUGGACAGUUUGCUUUCUCCCUGGGGAAAGAAAGCUCUUACAUUUUCUCUAAAUUCAAUUCGCUUAAUAUGGACCCUGUUAAUACAGACACUUUGUAUGGUCCCCUCGGUGUCCGUAUUCACGGGCUUGAUUAUGCCUGCAGCUGGGGCCAGGUGUGACAAAUAAUAUUCAAAAAUUUCUUGGAUUUCCUGCAUCAUUUGAAGCAAGUUGAUAAUGCUUUAAGGUUUUUCUUUUUCCAUAAGAACUUUUAUGCAACUUAUGUACAGUUACUAUGAAACAGGCCCUUUACUGGUCUGAAGCAACCAAAGGGCAAUUUGCAAGUGUGGCUGAGUAUUUAAGCUCGGACUGCCUGCAAAACAAACCAGUGACUGGUCAGAGCAGGACUUGUUAUCGGGGACUGAUGGGUUGCUGGUCCGACAUACUGACCCUUGUCGGUGAUGCCUUCUAUGUCAGUAACAGUAUCCCUAAACGGCAUUUGAAAGCUUAUAGUGUAGAGGGUGGAGGUGUGCUGUUAGGACUCUUAAACCUGUUAUCUUUUACUGCGUCACUGGAAUCCCCCUCCAUAGCUAAACACUAAAGAUCCUGCCAAUUUGAUGUUUUAAUUCCUUUAUAGACUGUAUUAAUUAUUUUACUACCCCUGAAUAGUUUUGUUUUUGUACCUUGUACCUUAUACUAAGUCAAACCUAGCCUGUGUGGCAGGCAACAGUUUAUUUUUAGGUUAGGUUUGAUAUAGCAUGCGAGGGGAACAUUUCUCCCCUCUUGGUGUGCACACUCAUCCUUGAAAUUUCUUCCUUCGCCCUACAAAAAGCUGUGCUAUGCAGGCAAAGUCAAACUCUCUGAAUUCUUGCUCAGACCAAGUUACUUGCAAACCAUGCCCCUGGUAGCAGCUCAUGUUUCCUUCUCCCCUCAGAAUGGGAGGAAAGGAAGGCUUGAAUAACUAUAGUGAAAUGAUGCUAUUGUAAGAGUACUAUGAUAGUGGAACAUCUCUUAUGUCUUGAAAUGACUUGAGUAAUAUAACUAUAACAGAGUAAUUUUCAGUGUAUUAUAAAUGUUCAUUUUUAUGUAAAUUAUUAUUUUAGCAAUGUAAUAUAUCGUAAUCUUGUUAUAACAAUAACAGUACAAAUAGAAAUGUGCUAUUUAACCUACGAAAAAAAUCAAGAAAUUUAAGAAAGAGAUUAAAGCAUAUCUAGAAGAGUAUUUGAAGUGCUUUUUUAUUGAGUUGAUGACAAUAUCCUUAUCAUUUGCCACCUUAAAAAAGACCACUUUUUGGAUGACGGCCUUAGAAUUUUUCCAUUGUUUUAUCUUCCUGUAAACGACCACUUAAAUGAUCUCUAUGCUCGUUGUAUGUACUACACUACCAAGAGAAUGCAAUAACAUGAAACCACACGUAUCUUACUAAGAAGUUUCAUGCAAUGAAUUCUUGUACAAAAUGGAAGAUGUGUACGGUCCUCUUUAGCCUGCGUGGCUGGCGUUCGAAAGGGAAGGGGAAGGGAAUUAAGGCGCGAGACCACGCGCGCCCCACGCGCUCUCGCGGGCCCAAAUUCCCCCCUUCCCCUUCUCAUUUUAACGUCGGCCACGCAGGCUAGGUCCUAAACCACUCUCCAAACUGAUCUCUAUACAUUUCCUUAAAGAAUAAUUCUUAACUAAUUAUUCAAUUAUCAAAGCAUUUUCUCUUUAGUGAUCAUUUCCUUAAUUCUCAUAACCAUUUCUCUUGGCAAUAUAUGGAAACUGUUAGGAGAAAAUUGAUGUUGGUCACUCUUGGGCCUUAAAGGGUUAAGCGACACAAAAUCUUGGCUGGGCGCUUAAACGCGCCCAUUUGAAAAAUGUUGAUCGUGAACACUGAUGCAAAUGAGUGAAAAAUGGUAUAUAUAGAAAGUGUCAAUCAAGAGUUCCUUUCUCUGUCCCUCCUGAUUAUUGUUCUCGCUCAGACACCCACAACAUUUGGCUAUUCAUUGAAGGAGGAUAGUUAUUAACGUGACUAACAGUUCAGUUUAUUUAAAAACUGGCUGCUUUGACUUUAAAUCCCCGAAUUAGAAUGUGACUAUUAAUCUAAAACAAUGUGGUUUAGUUUGUUGUUCUGGUUUUUGGUUAUCGUCUUUUCUCCAAGAUGUUUUUCUCCACUGGAACAAAUCAUUUGUUCCAGUUUUCCUGGUGGUGGCUGGCCAGGGAGUUCAAUUUGGGAAUAUCAAGAAAAACGUCCAUCUUGUGGCCAGAGGGAGGGAUUGAACCAGUACCCUAAACCACUUGACCAUCAUGCUUUAACAAAGUGAACUCAGAAAAUAAAAUGUUCUCAAAGCCUCUAUCAUUAUACCUAUCCAGUUACUAGCUUUCUUUUUGGCUCACAAGUGAAACAGCUGUUUUUCCUCUUUGAGAAUUUCUUUUACUCCAUUUACCUCGUUUUCAUUUUUGCAGAUCAUGGCACCAGCCCGGCGGCACAUAUGUAUGAAACAUACUAUGUCACAGCACAUAAACAACCUUGUAGAGCAGCCAGCUUUAGUCAAAAUGGUAAGAUGAUAAGUAAUAGGGCGGACGUCAAAAAUGGCAACCGGAAGUUGAUAUUUUCUCUCUUUCAUUGCUCUGACUCGACAAAUUCGUACAGCGGGACUUUAAACAAAGGCAUUCAGAUUCGUUGUGUGAGACAGAAGCGUUCCAUCAAGCGAGACAUCGAACUUCCGGUUGCUAAUCAUGACGUCCGGGUCGUCAGCGUUCUCGUUGCUUAAGCUCGCUAAUACAGUGGCUGAAGAGCUGAAUAGCCCCGUUCAUACCCUGGGUGCAAGUGGCUUUUCAUGCGCGGUUUCCCGUUCCGGUCAAGUCUUAAAAAGUGACCCACGCGAAACGUUUUUUCUCGCGGCUUCGCCGCUCGUGUCUUCGGCCUUCGGCCGAACACUUGUCGGCCUGCGGCCGACGGAACGAAGCUCCCCGUCGCACGCGAGAAAAAACCUCUAGUACCCUGGGUACUCCUUUCACGGUUUUUAUCAACUUUUGACAUUGACUAUAUUUAAAAUAUCCGUCCCUGACGACGAUGAAAGCGACAGCGUCCACCAUAAUGACCGUUGACUGGUUUUCUUUUUUAGGACGACUGAUUUCGACCGGCUCUGUUGAUGCUUCAAUCAAGGUAAUUUAAACUGAAACAUCUUUUAUGUUACCUAUGUGUAACCUGUUAAAAGUGGAAAGAUUUUAAAGAAUCGUUUUUUCGUUUUUAACGACGUGUACUUUCCUUUUUACUGUCCAUAACUCAGUUUCCUUGUCUUCAAAAUAAGUAACAUUGUAUAUGUGACUCUGUCUUUCGCCUGACCCACAACUAGCUCCUAGUGUAGGCACAGAUCUCGGCUGGUUUCUAUUUUUUAUAGAAGACUUUUCACAAUAAUAUUAAGUGCUUUAAUAUUAGAUAUUUUUCGUGUUGCACGCCCUAGAAUACAGAGCCAAAGGUAAGUCCAAUACCUGCCAUUCUUCUUGAAUCUGUUCACGUACUGUGAAUUAUUUUACCUGAACAAAUCAAAAGCCACGCUCGUUUGUAUUCAUUCGUACGAUAAACCCGUCAAAUUGCUCUUUUUAUGUUCGCUUGUUGUUUUCGUGCAAAAUCAUUUCCAGGUGAUACGAAAAAACGCUCUCUAUAGGUAGAAUAAAACUAUCACUUGAUUUGUCUCUAAAUCCCAAAAUAAUAAAAAGAAAUCAUAUGUGUUUUUUUAGGUGUUAGAUGUUGAGAGAAUGGUAGCGAAGAACACAAUGCCCCAGUCACAAGACCAAGGAACAGGAACAAAUCUAGAGAAUCAUCCUGUUAUACGGACGCUUUAUGAUCACAAUGAUGUAAGUCAGUUGGGCGGGGGGAUUUAUGUGGCGAUUAGCAUGGGAGAUGGGAACUUAAAUGUGUACAAGGCGUUGUUAUGGUUCACUAAAUUACAUGUACGCUCUUCUAAUUGCAAAAUUCUCAAUAUACUGCGGCUGCCUACUCGAGGAAAAGAUCCCUUUUGACAGUUUUCUGAUACUUCUUUGAGAAACGUUGAGCAUUCAGAAAGAAAUAGCUUUUGGAAACAAUAAUUGUACGACCUUUGAAAACACCUUUCAACAUGCACUUGCGACGUGGGUAUAGGUUUUCUUGUUGUUGCUGCAGUUUUUGUGCCCAUAAUCAUCUAGCACUUUUUUCCUUGUUAGUUAGUUUAUGAACGGUAUAAUGCAUUUUCUUUCUCUCAGGAAGUGACUGCUGUUGAAUUUCACCCCAGUGCGCUGGUGUUGGCUUCAGGAAGUAAAGACUGUACGGUCAAACUUUUUGACAUAUCAAAACCUUCGGUAAAAAAAGCCUACCGCUCUAUACAGGUAUGAAAUUAUCGCGUUCGUCAGAACGCAUCCUAUUCUUGGUAGUCCUGUGGUACAAAGCCACAAAUUUUCGAAGUGCCAGGGGCGACUGCCGAUUAGCCGCGCCCUUUGAUUUUAUCUGGGGCAUCUCGGCCGGAAAACUGGACUCCUUUCGACUCGAUUUUGUCUCCGAAAGUGACGAACGCGGAUCCCUAAUCAAUGAUUACCUCUAGUACUAAGGGGGUGUUUACUUGACACCGGGGCGACUUUCACUUCGGAGUGAGUUCACUCCGGUUCCCUCUCAUGGCUCUACAUUUGUUAACAUGAUAUCACCACAAAAUGUCAUGCCGGCGCGAGUCACUCCAGCGUGAGUUCAUCCCGGUUGUUGUACCGGGGCGAGAAUUUCACUCCGGUACGAAAUCCCGCAACGGUAUCAUGUAAACGCGGAACGACCACAAGUUUCGGUGUGAAAUCGGUCUGCUGGUAGACUGGAACGGGGAGCGCAUGCAUAAUGUUUGCGAUUUUGAAUCUUACGUGUAUUUUAUCAACAUGAAGUGUACCUUCAAGUAGCGAGAUAUGAAAUGACCCAGUCAUAAUGUAAAUACGAUACGAAAUAAAAAAGUCAUCUCGGUAUGAAACUCGCGCCGGAGCGAGUUUUCUCACGUAAACACCCCCUAACUCUAUUUUGUGACUAUAAAAAAAAUACUUAUUUCAACGGUAGGGCUUGAACUUCUUUUUUUACUCCACUAGAGACAGGAUUUUUUAGUAAAACAGUUAAUCGACUGGCUAUUUUUUUGCUAGUUGAGGUCUUGGGCCUCUCGAAAAGGUCUGCCAUAUCUUUAGGCAAAAACCUGAAACGGCAGCUCACAAAAGGCUGUAUAGACUGUCUCAAAACCCGUUUCCGGUUUCUGCUGGUUAGGUGGUCAGUCGGGAAACGGACGACUCGUGACCUAGGUAACUCGCUUUCGCUCGCUUUGCGAGCGUCCUUCGCGCCUUUGGCGCUCACGCAGUCGACUUGUGGCAAGUCUAAUAAGGGUAUUGGUCGCUGGCUGCCAUGAGUCCUUUUUUCUUUUUCUUGUAAUGUACUUUUGCAUGCGUAGCUUCUUUCCUUCAGAAUUCUGCAAAACCGUUUACCUUUCUUUAUGGAAAGAAAUCCAUUGUUGUUGGUGGUUUCAAAUUUCUUGGAGAGAAAUGCUUAGUAACAAACGUUUGCUUAAGGAAUCCUUGAAACUUCCAAAAACCACUCGCUUUUUGUCGAUUAUUAAUUUGCGACAGUUAAUUUCAGUCGUGAAACUCAAAAACUAAUACUCGACCACAGCUGGAUUCUCGAAAAUUUCAGUUGUCGAUAAACUAGUGUUCAGUCAGGAAAAAAAAAACAAAAAAAAAAAAAAAAAAAAGUGAUCAGACAGGAACCAAAAGAAACAUCCCAAAAAAAAGUUGGUGUUUGUUUGCGAGGUAGUUUUCACUAAAAAAAUUAAUAUUGAGUUAUUUAUAUAUGUUCUUUAUAACAUUAGCUUUCACAGUAGAUUUUUUUUAUGAUUUGGUGUAUUUUGUUAAGGAAUCCUUGAAAUUUCCAAAAACCCUUUGUUUUUUUUUGAUUUUUAAUUUUCGAAAAUUAAUUUCAGGUGGGAAACUAAAAAACUAAAACCCGACCAAAACUGGAUUUUCAAAAAUUUUAGUUUUCGAAAAACUAGUUUUUAGUAAGGAAAAAAAAAAAAAAAAAAAAAAAAAAAAAAAAAGUGUUCAGUCAGGAACCAAUAGUUACAUCUCAUUGUAAAGUUGGCACUUGUUUGUCAGGUACUCUCCACCCGAAAAGUUACUUUUCAGGGGAGAAACGACCACCGGAAGUACAUCAGCCUUAGCAGGCUAGUCUCUUUGAGACUGCGAGAUUGACUUAAACAAAUAAAUUUAUUGUGAGCUUUUUUAAUCUUUUCAGGAAGCAGAGGUCGUCACGUCAAUGUCUUUUCAUCCCACAGGGGACUUCAUCCUUGUUGGCACAGAGCACCCAACAAGUGAGUUUGUUUACAUCAAUAGCCCCAAAAGCCACAACCAUCUUAUAAAAAUUUAAAAAAUACUACAGUUUUGCAUUAACCCAGGCAGUUACUGCUCCCCCGCCUUCUACAGCAUUGUGAUCAGUAUUACAGACGAGCAGUAAACCGAUCUCAGUAACGCGCUUAGCGUAUAUAACGACUUAUGGAAUUCGUGGCCAAUGGUAUGUCAAUAUCUUGGUCUUAAAUUUGGUGGAUAAUUUUCUCCUUUCUCUUUUAUUUUAGUUCGACUUUAUGACACCAUCACUGGUCAAUGUUUCGUCUCGUCAAACCCUCGGGAAUACCACACGGGAACUAUUAAUAUGGUGAGUGGAGUGACUGCGGAGAUAUUGUUAGCCUGCAUAAAAGUCUCUUUGAAGGAAGUGGGAAAGUAACUGGUGGGAGUAGGGGGUAGGGGAGCAAUAGUGGCGCAGUGGUGAUAGCACUCUCCCCCCACCAGUGUGGUCUGGGUUUAAGUCCCAGUGUCGACGCCGGGUGGGGUCUGCGUUUUUGUUGGUCUCCUCCUUGCUGAGCGAGGUUUUCUCCCGGUGCUCCUGGUUUUCCCCUCAGUCUCUUCAAAAGCAGUACUUCUAAACCUCAGUUAGUUCUGGAACACGUAAACACUUGAAAACGGGUGUUAGAGUGCCAAUUUUCCAAACGUCUAAGUCUAGUGCGCCCGAUCGACCCUAACCACGUCAGCCUAGGAUAUGAUGUGUAUCGAAUGUAUUGAAACCCCUGAACUGAAAUGUCAUGCAGGCUGACACACAAAGGGACUUGUAAUUUAUAGUUUCGUAACAGCCAAACAAAAGUAGUUGUAUUGGCCAAUCACAGCGCACAACAAUCUUGCUCAUGAACCAGUUAGAACGUGAAAAGAAAGGCGUGUUGCUGGAGUCAAGAGCGGGAGAAUUGCGCGGUAAAACACACUUGAGUUGGGUUUUACAACUGAUUGGCUGAGAAUAUGGCGCGAAGUUUGACAAUCAGUCGUACUGAUAUCACAGUAGAAAAAAAAAAACAGCUUUCGCACAACAUUCAGCCUUCUAUCGAGUGAAUAGAGAGGAGAAGUUACCAUGGUAGCCAAAUUUCUGGAAGACUACAAUAGGGCCGAGACUAAGCAACGACGAUGGCGACAGUAACGAGAACGGCAAAAAAAACCCGAUAGGUUUAGAUGAGAAAACAACAACAAUGUACAUGCAUCACACUUUUUUUGUACAUUUCUUAGACGUCGUUGAACGACUGCGACAUGAAACGUCCUAAUUUCACGCGCCGCUUUACGGAGCAGGUGAACAGAAUACAAAAAAUUUCUUUUUCUUUUUCUAAACUCACAUACGGUCCUUUCGGAUUAAAUCCAGAAAAUUUCGCCAACAUUUGAUCACAAAUUAAAUGAAAUUGAACAAGAUCGAUAAAGUUUGAAACAGUGCGAAUUUACUUAUAAGUGAAUUUUCGAUUUGUUGUCAUCCCAAAAGUUUGCUACCAUGGCAACGUGACGUAACGUCCACUCUCUAUUUUCUGGUCCAGUAAGGAAUUACUUCCUUCUCUGCAUGUAAUGCGGAUUUUUUUUGAUUUUGUUUGCCUAGUAACGUUUACCGCAUGAAUAACUUUUUAUUUGUUUACUAUGUCGUGUUUAGGUGAAAUAUUCGCCGUCAGCUAAUCUGUACGCAUCUUGCAGCAAAGAUGGUUCUAUAAAGGUAAGUAACAGUGUGAUGUAGUUAACAGUUAUUGGGUGAGGCUGAGUAUGAUAUGAAGAAAAUUAUGGAUAACACCUGCAAGAUCUGCGUAAUUCCUGAUAUCAUUCGAAAGCUGAAGUCAGUUUUUGUUUUAUCAUUCAUUGAAAUUAUUUCAAAGCUCAAAGCAUGCUUAUCAUAAUGUUACGUUUCCGUCACCAAAACAUUUACCUAUUCCUCGGCAGUUUCAGGAUGGUAAGGAAUGUUUAUUCCCCAGGAGGUACUCCCUGUAAUGGCCUAUACGGGGUACCCUGGGUGCCAGAAACUUUUCAUGCGCGGUUUCCGGUUUCGGUCAAGUUUCUCUUCGCCGCUCGUGUCUUCGGCCUUCGGCCGAACACGUGUUGGCCUACGGCCGACGGAGCUACUUGUCGCACGCGAGAAAAAACCUCUGGUACCUAGGGUAAUACGGGGAGGCUCCGCCCGAAAAGGCUACCUGUUUCAGGCUUUAGGCAUAUGAAAGGGUACCGAUGUCACUUGUUGAAUGUAUGUCAUUUCGGUCGGCAGAAAGGCCCCAACAAAGGGCUAACAGAUGCAUUUAAUGGAUGUGAAAAAGUCGAGAAGACGUUCUGGUUUUGUCAUUUAUUCAUACUUUAAAGAUAGUGCAUUUACAGCAGUUAAAAGGGGUGCUACCUAGUUCUAAACUAGGUAUGUGAAAAGGGAGUACCAUUUGCUCAUAGAAGGUAUACGAAAGGGGUACCUUCUCUGCCAAAUUGGUAUAUUAAAGGGUAAAAGGGUUGGAACCUCCCCGCAUAAAUAUCUGCUAAGCGUCCCCCAGGGGUCUCGGAAACGUUCUUCAUAUAGCAGUUGUCAUUCGUCGAGCGGUAUUUUUGUUUAUCCCCGUUAUGUUUUUUAGGCAGUAGUUCGGCUAUUUCGUCUUCGCCUAGGGGGUGAAAUCUUCCGUCAUUUUCUCCUUCUCUGCACUGUCAUCACACCUGAGCCAAUGGCGCGGCCUCUGCGUGACGUCUGUGCGUCUCGUUUUUAUUAGAUAACAUCAAAAUCGACGUCAGAACUUCGCAGUCAGUAAAGAGAUUUGGAUUCACAUUUACAACAAACGUGAACUUGUACCACGUGACCAAGUUGCCUCCAUUUCUUGUCGUGUUCUGUUCAUUACUUCUACACAAAAAGUAGUAGUUUCAUGCUAGUUUUAUCCAUAAUAUAUUUUCUCAACUUGAACGUGACGUUUGCCGUUUGCCGUAAACGCAAUUCUAAAUUUCUCUUAUAUCCAAGUGACGAACCUGAGACAAACGAUAAACGAACCUGUCAUCUCUAGGUCUGUUUAUAAAACGCGGCCACGCCUCGUUUUUCCUUUUUUCAUUAACACUUUAUGGUGGUUUUUUGGAUAGCGGUCAAACACUCGUUCUCGUGUUUGAACUGAAACGCGUUGUGUAAGAUAGUCUGCCGUUACAGUAAUUACACCUUAAGAUUGUUGUAUCUCUCCUCUUUCUUUAGAUUUGGGACGGAGUCAGUAACAAAUGUGUACAAACAUUUCCACAAGCUCAUAAUGGAGCGGAGGUAGGUUUUAGAGAAGCUUACAGGUAGUUUUUGCAUGGCAUGUACUAAAACACGGAACACAGGGACACGCCGGGACAUCCCCGGAACUUCCCGGAAAACCUAACAAAAGGUAAAAUGAAAGUGAAAACGACUAACAGAAAACCUAACCCUAACCCUGUUUGUUUGAUUUUUCUUGUGUGUUUUCCGGAGUGUUUCGAAUGUUCCGUGUUCCUGGUUUUAGUCCGUGCGAUUUUUUCGUAGGGAUACUCUUCCAAACGAAUAAAAAAUAGUCUGACCUCAGAGACUUGUCGUUCCCGCUAGUCGCGUUUCUUAGAGAGUCCAGUUCGCGAAACUAUGCUCUACUUUUCUGUCGGCGUUUGCGUGAACCGAAAAGAAAGGUCUGCUUGGAAAUUUUUGCUGUUAUUGUAAUUUCAUUCGCCCUCAUUCGCCAUCCUGGAAACGAGAAGGAGACUGGAGCCGAAAUGCGUCCCGCAAUUGGUUCUGGGAUCGUUACUGGGACGCGCCAGUCAGCUAUUGGCCAAUUUUUGUUCCCUGUCCUUGGUAACAGUCCCAGAGGUCUUUGCGAAUGUUAACUCGGCCCUAGUUUCCUUCAUGUUUUGAAAGCGGCGAAAUAGCGAAGAAGCCACGCAGGAAAUAAUGUGUUCUCUCUUGGUUCCCCUUCUCUGCGUAGUAGUUAUUAGUAUGUAUAAUCAAAUGGUGACGAGCAAGGUUAUUCCCUAAUUUCACGAGUAUACCAUUUGAUUACCUAUUAAUAUGAUGGGUGACGAAUUACGUUUGCAAUCUUGGAUUUUUGACAUGUUUAUCCUGGUUUUAUCGACGAUAUCGAUUAAGAAUUCCUCUCUCCCAAAAGUUUAGAGCUUAAAUUUGGCUUAAGUUCGACAAUAUACCUGUUAGAAUUUUUCUUGAUGUGUUCUUUCGUGUGUUUAGGUUUUCUAAAGCGUCUUUCCACGUCUUUUGAUGCCCUGACAUCCUCAUUCAUAACCUUUAAACUUCAUCGCCAUCUCGGCACUGAGACUUUCGGAAGGUUACCAUAACAAUUUUGUAAUUUCAAAGUGAAAUUAUAAAUUAGUAUAGGUAAUAGCAUGAUUUGUAGUGGUAUUUACGCCAAAUAACACCUACAAAUCAUGCUAUUAUUUGUUUAUAUUACUACCCACAAAAGGUUUGUAAUUUUCACUUGCAGGUAUUUCAAAUUAAGCAGAAAUACCACUGCUCUAAGCCAAUCAAUCUCAUGUAGUAGUAUAAGAGUAUCGAUUGUUAUUUGCAGGUGUAUUCCGUUUGCUUCUCACAGAACUCAAAGGUAUGUCAUUAAGGAGCUCAUACUGAGUAAGGGGAAUUUUGAAUGAGUCUUCGGGAUGGAAUAAUUUGAUGAAUAAGCUUGUGGUACUGGGACGAUAAUCUAAUUUUCAAACUGAGAACUAUUGUGGUAUGCUUCAGUUUUAUAUUUUGUUCUGUUUUAAGGGCCUCUUCACAUGAGCCCGGUUUCCGAGAUCUAGGUUUUUCCAACCCGGAUCACGGUACUACUGAGAUCCCGGUUGGAAAAACGCUUGAAGUGGGCUGAAAAUUUUCCCACAUAAACACGUCAUCCCGGUUACCGGGAUGAAAGCUGUAUGAAUUCUAACGGCCCGGAUGGCAUCGUCUUGCAUUCCCUGCUGAAUUUUCCAUAUCAUGAGCAUCCCAUUUAACUGCAGUGAUACAGCUUUAAGAGUUGUCGAUACUAUGAUGGGCGCGAAAGUUAUCAUUUUUGUGUUUCGCCAUGUUUGCUUUGUUUCUCGAAUUUCGCGCCAGAACUCGUCCCCAGGAUCUUUGUUUUUUUUUUCUUUUCGGAAACCGGGCUGAAAUUUCUCACAUGAAUCCAAGGCGAAACUUGUCCCGAUAACUGGGCCAGCUCGGUCAACCGGGCUCAUGUGAAGAGGCCCUAAGUUUAAGUGGACUUAAAGCCUUCAGAACAGCUUUGUUUUCCCAGCCUAUAAUUUCGGUGCCUAUUAGGGUUUAUCUAAACUGCUAAAUCCUCAAUGUCAUAAGAACGAUCAUCAUCACCAUUAGUUAUUACUCUCACAGUUAGGUUUUUAUCCUGUAAACAAUUAUGGUUUAAACUAACAGUUUUUGUAAAUAGUGGUGAUACUUGUAACCACGGGGUCGAUUUAAUAAAACUUUUUCAGGUGUAAUUUACAAGUGCAGCUAUUGUUUGCGGACCCAAAAACAAUAGCUACACUUGCAAAUUGCACUUGUAAAAGUCUUAUUAAUUUGACCCCUGUUUUGAUGUCCAUAAUUAGCUGUAAUUCUAAAUCCUGUUGACACAUAUAUAGUAAAGUUAUUAUUAUUUAUUACCGGUUCUUUAUCUUACCUCUGUUGUUUUCUGCAGUAUAUCGUAUCCAGUGGGAAGGAUUCUCUGGUAUUCUUGUGGGAACUUGCGACAGGUAUUACUUUGAACCAGAAACCCCUUAUGGGUUUCUGGUCAAAUCUCGUACUCGUUGUCGUACUCUUUUUACAAGCUAAAGGUCUCUAUUAUGAAAAGCGACCAGUAAGACAAAGCUUGGUCUCGUGGUACAAGCAAACUGACGUUUGCCGUAAACGGGAUUCUCUCUAAUGACGUCUUUUCUUUUGGCCACAUUGCCAGGCGCAAAGACACAUACGUGUAGUCUUAUGAAGCAAUAUCUGCUCUGCUAAUUACAAGUGGCACUUUUCAAAGUUGUUCGUUUGUUUCUUACAGGAAGAGCGCUCAGCAUGUACACGGGGGCCUCGAUGUCGAAUUUCAAGUCGCAGAUUGUCUUCAACCACACAGAGGAUUUCAGUGAGUCAAUGAUUUGAAGAAGGGAUAGUUUACUUGUGUAUAAGGGCAACUGUUUUGGGAGACUCGUAAAGAAAUGAAGUUAUCUCUUACAAAUUUCAUGGAAAUUCUUCCGGAACGUCUAUCUAUAUUUCAUGAAAACUCUCGUAAGAGACUGGAUCAGAAUUGAUGCCAAACAAAUGGCUUCAACAACAGGAAAGACGGAGAGUUCUGAGACAGAAUGGCUUCAUGGACAGUAAAGAGCAAAAAAUAACCAAUCAUGGCAAUGUGAAAUCCACUCACGUGACAUUAGUUUCUUACCCUGCGAGAAGAGGACCUUCGACUUUUCCAGGAAGAUCGAAGGGCCUCUGCUCGCAAGGUAUUAGUUUCUAUAAUCCUUGAUGGCUUUGAUUAUCUUCGUGCUCAAGUCUAGAGGUUGCCACUGACUCGGGCUUUGCGUUGGAAAGCUUUUUUUUUUAAAGAAAAACGAAGUAACGCACUAUAGAACUGAGUGCACUGUGUCUGUGACAAAUUAGUUAAGUGUUGAAGUAAGUCGUUUUGCCAUUGAAAAUCUUUUUGCUUGUUUUGGAUAGUGAUCGUUGCGGAUGAAUCGAACAACAGUAUAGCUUGCUGGGACACAAGAACUACGGAGAAGCAGAAAACACUUACUUCAGGUAAAUUGUCGCCCUCGUUUCCACGUAAGGUUUAAUAUGUAGAAUAAACUACGGUAGCAACUUUUUGCUUAUGGUAACCGUUGGUAGAAAUUAGUUGCAAGAACAAACUAAACGAGUAGGAAAUUUUUGAAAAUGUUUUCGUUUGAUCAUCCAGGUCGAUAGGCUACUUAGCGGCGGCGGAGCGAAAUAAAAAGUUGGGGGGGGGGGGGGGGAAGAUUUCUUCUGCAAGAAAGUCAGUUUUCUAAUCCGGAUUUUUCUUGCUUCUUUUUAUAAACUUUCAGGUCACAACGGACACAUUCGUUGUAUCACCCACUCCCCGACGGGUGCUGCUUUUGUCUCUUGCAGCGACGACUUCAGAGCGAGGUUUUGGUAUUGCGAAGGAGUAUAGAACUACUACCACUAAAACGGAGUAUAAGUGGAAAAAAGAGUGCAAAAAAAGCAAAAGAAAAAAGAAAAAAAAAAAAAAAAAAAAAAAAAAAAAAAAAGAAAAAAUUCCUACCGCUGUGUUUGCUCUCUUAUUUUUCCCCUUGUCACGCCGCCGGCGCCUAUUGCGUGUUUUCCCGCCCCCCCGGGGGGGGGAUGGUUUGUGCCGUGGCCACGAAAAGUAUAAGAGGGGGUUUGGGUGGGAAGCUGAGAAAAAAAAUCACAGACCAAAAAAGGGAAAAAAAAUGAAAAAAAAGGGAAAAAAAAAAAAAAAAAAAAAAAAAAAAAAAAAAAAAAAAAAAAAAAGAAGCGAGGAAGAAUGCGCAGCCAAUGCGGCCCUGGUAACAUGCCACAGACAUUGUUCAAGGGACCGAUCCUGGAGAUUUUGUUCAGGACUCAGGAUCACUGAUUCGUCCUCAACCGGAGCGUUCUUUUAACACGUUUAACUUCAGAUCUGUGGAUACUGUUCAUUGGAUCAUUUGGCUUAGUGUAGUAAAUUUUCAAAAUGUCGAAAAUAGACUGAACUACGCCUAAGCAACUCUCAUGAGCUCAUUGUCUUCCUCUGAAUUGUAUCUCAGUCUCAAGGUGUCACCAGUAGAGACUUUGAGCAUUCAUCCAAACUCACUAUCGAUAUGCUUUUCAGGAUCUUUUUGGAUGGAAGACCCCAGAUAGGUGAAGUAACAUGCGGCGAGUCAUCCCAUUUAUCAUGUAAACGUGAUCAAAUUAAAAUGAGAGAUUAUAUGGACAGGCGGGUUACCCCACCUAAGCGGGUCACCUCACCUACCUGGAGUCCCCUACAUCCAUGUAAACUGGCCCUUAGUCAGUUCAUUUUUCUUUGUUAUUUAAAACCUUACAAGGAAUUACAGUUGUUAUCGUUAUUAUUGCUAGGAGAACACAGAUGUCAUCUCACAUUGACACUGGAAGUUAACGUCUUAGGUACUGGCGGGAAAGUUGAGACCGCGGGGCGUCAUGGGAUUUCCUUUUCAUCUUUCCGAGCUUCUUUGCGUCCGAAUUUAUGCAAAUUUAGAAAGUUAGUGCACAUUCCCCCCGGGCAUUUGUCACCUUGUCGGUCCCAGUGGUGGGGAUUGGUCAGAACCUUUGCCCGGGGAAAUUCUUCUAGAAGCGGACAACGUCGUUCCUUUUUCAAUUUUUCACUGAAAAAUAUGCUUAUUUAGAUAGCGUUAGAUAUUUCUGUAAAGAAUAUUUUUAAUACCUAUGCUUUAGAAAGAUAUGCGUGGUUUUCCCUCAAUCACUUCUCUACCCCACAGUAGUUUUUGUAUCCGUCGAAGAAAUUGCUUCCCGCCAUCGUGAUCAGUUCACACAUCGAGGAAAAACAAUCCAGGUAUCGUUUGAAGAGUUUAAAGAAAGAGAAACUUUCUUUGUGCGCGAAUGGUUGAGGCAGGAAGGCUUAGAAAACUCUGCGAGAUAUUCGUGUAUUGUGCGAUAAAACGGUUCCUUCGUGAUGAGAAAAUACUCAUGUUAAGCUCGUCGG